GUUACAGCAUGACAGAAAUUCGAGACUUUUACAAUUCUGAUGAUUGUGAUAGUGAAAAUCUCUACCAAUGUAGAACAUUUUCGUAAAUUUUGUAUGUAAUUCGCAAUCACCAUAAGAUGGACAGUUUUACUAAAUACGUAUUUACGCCAAUUUAAUACUUAAUUUAAAAUUUAUUGUAUCCUUAAACUAGAUUCUUAAAUCUUUAAAAGUUGAGAAUCUUUUACACUCAUCCUCCGCUGCGAUAUCACACCAAUUAUUUAUUAUUUGUUCUUCAUCCGCAUCCAUCUACUUUAGUAUCACGACAAAUCAUAUUUGAGUCGAUACCUACCAGGCGGAACAUUUUCAGGAAACUAGUAUGGUCAACUCAAUAGAGGAAAUUCUUCAUCUUAUUGAAAGAUUACUUGUUAUUUUAAAAGAAGGAAGAAUGCUGAAAUCAUACAUCUUAACUUUUUGUCUCCAAGAAGUCGAAAUUGACAAUGGCAUCAUCAUAUUGGUUCAGCCUUUCAUCACUGCUCUUAAGGAUGUAUUACUGCAGAUGUUUGAAGAAUGGGAAAUUUCAUGGAAGAAACAGUGUUGCCAGAAGAAUAAUAACCAAUUGGUUCCUUUUUCCAACUAUAACUCCAGCCGUAUUUAUACUGAAGAGACUUUGAAGACUGAUAGUUCCUGCAUGCUGAACUCCACCAGACAAACCCUGUAUGAAAAAAUAGGGAACUCCAAUGAUCAAGAUCCAGUCACGAAAUGUCAGGAACCUACACAACAUGGAUUGCUAGAGAACACAUGCAUGGAGUUUGCUUCAAAUCAACGAUGUCAAGAUCAAAGUAUUUCAGAAACUCCUAAUGCAUCUUACAGUCUUCCAAAUACAUCCUCCAGCAUUCCUAAAAACGAAAAAGCUAUUACUGGGGCUACCCACUUCCCCUUGUGUUCCGAAUUGAAUACAGAUUCUGAAUCAAGCGCAGGGAGUACUUUUGAUGACAGACCUUCAUCAGGACGUGUUAGCCCAUCGUUUGAAAAUAUAUUUUAUCCUAGAGUUCAUCUUGAAUUAGAGCAUGAAGACUUGUCCCGCGCUGGUGAUAAGAACAGUCAAAAUACAGGAAUUAGCAACUUUCCAACGAAUGAUGCCUGCUGUCAUAGCACUUAUCUGAAAACUAAAAUUCAGUCAAAUUUCAGAAAUAUCUCUCAAAAUACUCUUGGAAAUGAAAGCUAUAAAAACAUUCAUUAUGCUAAAUUAUACUCUCAAGUUGAUACUGCAUCACACCCCACGGAAAAUAACGAAACUAAUUUAAACUUUUCAAAUAAAGAGAGCCACAUUUUCGAAAAUACUUCUUUUCCCAGAAUCUAUUCUCAUUCGGAGUCAGAUAAUCUGUCAAUCGUCAAUAGUAUUAAUACGCCCAAGAAAGGCUUUGCCAAUGAAGAUGUAACAUCUCAGACCGAAACACCUUUGAGCAAAGGCGAGAAUAUUUUUCAAAAUGUCGCAAGCCAGUCUAGAUUCAGCCAUGCUGCAGAUGUGAAUAUGGGUAGUUCAGUUUUAAGUGAUUGUAACAUGCCUGAUGUCAGUUCUUUCACAAACGCUCCAUCAAAUACUCUUAACGUUGACGAUCUGUCUCUAUGUGUGGACCAUGAUACCGUGUCUAAAGAGACUAACCAUCUAGGGUCUGUAACUGCUACGGACGUAAAUGAAACCUACUCAAAUAGACAAACUACUAUUGACUCCUCUGUAUUGAAUAAUUCAUCAUCAAGUUUCCCAUCAUAUUGUUCUUCAACAGCACCAAAAGAAACUCAGUCAUUUGGAUACUCUCAUGUGAAGUUCAAGUCAAAAAAUGUACCUGAAAAGGAAACAAGUUCUUGUACAUACCAAGUAUUGAAUGUAUUGAAGACACCAAUAAAAGAAGGGGAACAUUAUAAACAAACUCUAGUACAUGGAAAGAAAGUUUUCACCUGCAGCUAUUGUAAUGAGCCCUUUCCUCGCUUGGGAAACAUUCGAUCUCAUCUGGGAAAAGUUCAUAAGAUCCAGUCUACUCCAAUUUUCUCCUGUGAUUUAUGUGGCAAAAAGUUUUCGAAAAAGAUGUCUCUCGCAUUGCAUAUUCGUUCUUUACAUGAUGGAGUAAAGCCUUAUGAAUGCCAGUUUUGUCUCAAAAGAUUUUCUCAGAAAGUUGUAAGAGAUACGCACGUCGCCAGACACACAGGAGAUUAUCAAUAUGGCUGUAAUGAAUGUGGGAAGCGGUUUGCUGCCAAGAACAAAUUACGGUUUCAUAUCAAGUCGCAUGGUGAACCUCAAUUCCAUUGCAACUUGUGUAAUAAGUCAUUUACCACCAGCCAGUAUCUUCACAGUCAUGAGAAAACUCAUGCAAAAUUCACCACAGAAGAUGCAAGGAUUUGUGAGUAUUGCAAUACAGUAUGCUCCAAUGAAACAGCACUAUUACGACAUCAGCGCUACAAACAUGGCAAAGCAUUGUUUACCUGUGACUCUCCCAACUGUAACAAAUCUUUUGUAAGCCGUACCAUGUUGUUGAGACAUCAAGACCGCCUUCAUAAUGCCAAUAAAAUGAUGUAUCAGUGUAAGGAUUGUGAUAAACAAUUCUCCCAAAAAAGAAGUCUACAGGAUCAUGUAAAGCAAAAGCACAUGUCAGGGUUGACCGAGGAACAGCUUCGUCCAUUCCACUGCACUAUCUGUGAUAAACGCUAUGCCUAUGCCAACAAACUUGCUCUCCACAUGAAGACACAUACUCAGGAUCCUCCGCAUCGCUGUGACCUCUGCACCAAAGCUUUCUACAGGCUGGACUGUCUGAAAUUGCAUAUGGCUUCUAAGCAUUUCUUCGCAGAUCAGUUGGGUUUUCCAAAGUCACAUGCUUGCAAUGUGUGCGGUCACAGUUUUGCAACUAAAUCUAGUCUGAAAACUCACCAAUCGCUCCAUUGUCAGAAUAGUGAAGACACCAUUGCUUUCAAUUGUAUUCAAUGCAAGCAGGUCUUUAAAAGCAGAGCAGCUCUUAAUUAUCAUUUAAAAAAACACAAAGGACAACUCGGUUUUGAAUGCAGCUACUGUAAGAAGAAGUUCGUUCGAAAAUGUUAUCUUGAUGAUCACAUUCAAUCACAUAUCUCAGAACGAAGUUUCAGGUGCGAUUUGUGUUCAUCAAGUUACAAGCGCAGUAAGCACCUGAGGGAACAUGUUCGACGAGCUCAUCCUAAAAACAUCACUGUCGAUUCGCUUCUUGAAUCCAUCACCAACGAAAGUAGUGAUCAGCAAAACUUACUACCUGCAAUAAAGGAUGAACUGAUGAUGAGUUUAGCUGCAUUGUGAGACCUUAAAGUUUUUAUAUUUUCAUGGCCAUUCAAUAACGUCUAGUCAUCAAAAUGUCAUCUUCAUUGGGAAUGUAGAUCUACACUUUGCUUUUGAGGUAUUUAUAAUGCUUCAUUAAAAAAUCUAGAGGAUGAGAUAAGGGUCCGUUUAUAAAUUACGUAUUGCAUUGAGGGGGAAAGGAGGUCAUAGAGAGUGUUAUGCCCUGUUCAAAGAUGAAACCCUCUGUCACAUAAGUGUUUUAAAGGGGGAGAGGGGCUAAAGAUGCUGGAAAAGUGCGUUACGUAACUUAUGAACUCUCCCUAAUUUAAUAUAUUUAUCAUAUUCCAAGAAUUUUCUAUUUAUUUUUUGUCAAUUGACUUGUCACCCAGGCUCUAAAACUUUAAACGUUUACAAGAGUUUCAAUUAUAUACAUUUUUUUA